ACAGAAUUCAAUGUCAAACCCAUUGGUUCGAUUACAACAGUUUUCAUUGGUGGAGCAUUUAUUUGUUUUCGAAAGAGAUUCAUGGAGAUUUUCAUUAACAGAUAUGAAGGACGGACACAGCCAACAACUAGAACGUCAGCUACCGAUCGUGAUUCCAGUUACGAUGAAAUUCGUUACUCACAACUCCUCGGGAAUAGUAACAUCUGUGCAGAAGUUGGUGCAUCAUCGCCUGGUUAUUCCUCAAAGAGUCAAUAUUUACUCUCAGUUAUUUCUGAUAAUUAUGAUGACGACAACGAGGAUUACAGUCGAUUGCUGCUGAAGCAAAAUCAGAGCACUUGCAUUCCAAAGAAAAAAAACCUUCUAGAGGAUGAAGGUUAUGCAUUCUUACAAACAAGUGACAUCAAAGAAUUGAAAUCAGACAUUCUCAUCCAAAAACAUCGAUCUCUCCCCACAUUCGCAACAAUUCAUAAUCAGAUAUCGUCUACCGACUUCAAACCUUUAUCACGAUGUUUGUCAGAAAAUUACACUAUGCGCUCUACACGUUUUUCACCGAGUUUAUUUGAAACCAAUUGAAAUAAGUAAUAUAAUUAUAUAUAGAAUUUAUACUUGUCAUAUCCCUCCUAAACGAUGAUUCGCAAGGAUCGUAAGGGUUAAAAAUUGUGAAAAUAUAUUCAUUGUGUUUCCAAGGAGAUAAUAAGAUAAUAUUAAAUUUUUUUUUUAUUAAUGUUCCACUCUAAUGACCCGCAUAUUUUAUCUUAAUUGUCCUUGGUAUAUCAGCAGUGCCUGCAAUGGUCUGUUUGAAUGAGAAAUGUGAAUUUUUGAUUAUUGAAAAGAUCAACGUCAUUUUCAAAGAUGAAAUAUUAGACAAUUAAAUUAUUUUAGUUAUGAAAUGAUGUUUGGUUUAUUACUCACACCAACUAUUCCAGAAAGGUCCAUAUAAUGAAAAAAAUGCUCUGCCUCGAUGUCUUCUUAAAAUUUUGACCAGAGUGAAUAUAUCUCAUAUCAGUGUUCCAGUUAAUCUAAUUACAGUUCCUAAAAAUCAAACUUUGCUAUGUUUAAUCAAUAAUU